UCCGCACGCUUUAACUUACAAAGCUAAUGGUGCAAAUGACUUUUGAGUACCUCAUCUGGGGUGUGCUAGCAUCACAGUUUUUCCCUACUUAUCUGCUCAGACAGGGACAAAAUUUUGAGUAGUUAGCAGUAAACAAAACUGCACAAGUGCUGAUGGACUCAGACUUUUUGGGGAGCUGAUUAUGCUAAUACAAUUUGCCAUAUUUCCUCCUCUUACUAAAAUCUAAAAUUCAGAUGCCUCUAGUCAAAGAACCAUUAUUGAUUUGAGUUACAGGGUUCGUCUUUAUUCACAGCAUUAGUAUUAGGGUGAUAAUUUUGUUUAAGUUGCACUAAGUUGAACUAUUAAUGUGUGUGCCCAGCCUUGGUGUGAAAGGGGUCUCAUUAUGUGCAUGGUUGAACUACGUAACUAUGGUCCACCUUACAUGCUUCACUCACUGAUGAUGGUGUCAAGGCUGUGUUGCAAGGAAGAAAUUGUAACGGGGGAAUUCCAUCUGUGCUACAUAGUGCUUUGUGAAUCCCCUCUUGCUUAAAGGUCAAAAUGCCGAGGUCUGUACCACUCACCUUUGGAAUUCCUUCCAGUGCAAAAAUGAAAAGCAGAUACAGAAUUGACAAACUGUUCGUGCUGCAGAUCAUGCAGCAAAAGAGCCAGUGGAGGAUACAGAUCCAAGCACUCUUUCCUUAACAAUGACUGAAAAAUAUCCUGUCCAAGACACAGGAGUGCCUAAAGAUGAGGAAUACCUAACAGAUCAAGUUACGUUGGAAAUUGCAUCUGUGAACAUCAAGACCCUUACAUCAGAUUCUGGCCUAAUCCAACAGCCAGAAGACAAAGACACUCAAAACCAUACUGACGAAUCACUUUCAGAUCUCAAGAAAACCUGCAAGGAAAAUGUCACCUGCUCCUUGUGCUUAUUCCGUGCACCAACCAUCAGUGACAUGCUCAAUGAUGAGGACUUGUUGUACACAGUGAGACUAAAGCUGGAUCCCUGCCACCCAACAGUGAAAAACUGGAGAAAUUUAGCAAGCAAGUGGGGGAUGACUUAUGAUGAAUUGUGUUUCCUUGAACAGAAGCCCCAGAGUCCCACCUUGGAGUUCUUGCUACGGAAUAGUGACCGGACUGUGGAGCAGCUGAUUGACCUCUGUAAAUUUUAUAAGAGAAUUGAUGUUGUGAAAGUGCUUCUGAAAUGGGUGGAGGAGGAAUGGCCCAAGAGAGGGAACAGAACUUACCAGAAUGACUUCUAGGUCAAAGGAAGUUGUUAGUCCGUAUGUAUUAAAUGCUGGGACUAGCUGCCAUUAAUACAUUGGAAGUUUCCCUUGCAAGAGAGAGAAAGCCUGUACUGACAGUUUGUAUACUGUGUCAGCCUUAUCUACUGUAUACACAUAUGUAUGCUCUGUACCCUCAGGGUUGCAAAGAUAAUCUUCCAAAAGGAGACGGAGUCAUCCAGGUUGUGUUCUUGAGCCUACAAAUUCCUUCAGCUUCUUUGCUACUGUUGGUAGGCUUCCUAAGCAGAAGAGGAAUGAAAAAGCCAGACUGCUGGUUUUACUGCAGCAGUUGUGAACCGUAUCAGCUGUGUUCUGAUGCAAUUCUGUAGCUAAAGCCACAAUUAGAAGGCAAGUCUCUUGGCCUUACUGGCAACCCUUCCACAAUUUUGUCUCUUCUACCUAGUAGAAGAUGAGGUGUAUUUUUUUUUUUCAUUUUUUGUUCUUUUCUUUAAGCUUUGUGACACUGUUUUUAGCACAGGAACACCUCAGUGCUCCAAGCAGCAAUUUGGAUUUGCACGUUACAAUUAAUUCAAGGUUUCAACAUCAUAUUUGAGCAAAUAAGCUUUAAGUCUCUUUUAUAAACAAGAAUAUAUUUGCCCUAUGAAGAAAUCACGCAAUUCAGAGAGUUUACAACCUAUAAUCUGCUGGGGGUCAAAAAAGCCCAUUAAAGUGCUCUAUCCUUAAAAUUACUUUCCAAAGUUUUGAAGACAGUGUACACUUUGAGUACAUGUAUCAAGUGCCUCUCGCUUUCCAGUGUGAGAGGCUAAUACCUCGCUCACAGGAUAUCGUUAAUAUUGACUAUAACUUCCCUUUACACAGGCUGUGGUUUUCUUUACAAUCCUGUGGGUUGACCUACUUUCUGCCCCACACCAAGGUGCACACUUGUGUGAAGCUAGCACUGGGUAUUGAUUAGAGCCACUCUUAAUGGAAAAUUACCAGGUGAAUUCACCUGCAGUCCAGGUUCAGGGUUAUUAAAGCACUUAUUAGUUGUUUAGACUGAUGUUUUUCAGAGGAUUUUGAUACUCUGAAUUACACUGUUCACACUUUAAAUAUUUCAGAAAUCAGUCUUUUUCCUGCCAUUCUUCUGACAUCUCAGGCAAUACUAGUAUGUACAUAGAUGUAUAUACCAAAGCACUGGUGAAUAGUAUGUCAAGACAUGGGGUAAAACUAGAAUGGGCUGCUGGUUGAUGCGCUGUUUACUUUUCUGUAGUAGAAAUUAUAAGAAUUAGUAGCGAAGCUGAGGGAGAUCUAAUGCUGUAUACUUACUUUCUUACUGUAAGAGAAUGAAAAAGGACCUCUUUACUAUAGAUAGAUACUGAGUGAUACGGUUACAGAGGAGCUAGAAGUAAAGAUUAACAUUUUCAGUGCCAGGCACUAGUUCUGGGGUGGCAUAAAUUAAGUUUAUUGUAAAGACUUCAAGAAGCUGAAAAUCUUGUUUCAAGGUGAAAAGAGUGA